AUGACAGCAACAAACGAAACUAUCGACGAAUUCUUUAAGAAUGCUUCAGUCCUCAACAUGCCACCACCAAAUCCAAUAGAUAUCGAUUUAAGAUAUUCAAAAAUCUUAUUAAUAAGCGAUUUCCAUAUGGGAAAGAAAGAAACCAUAGAGAAUGAUCUAGAAAUACUUUUCAAAGGUCUUCACCUUGUUUUAGCGCAAGAAAAACCUGACGUAAUUUUUGUUCUCGGAGAUAUGGUCGAUGGCACAUGUGUAAAUCCAUAUAUUGCGUACUUCAAAACAGUAGCAAGACUUCAGAACCUAUUAAAACCAAUGUAUUUCCUUGGCGGAAAUCAUGACAGAACUUUUAUCCCUCCACUCAUAGCAAAUGUUAAUUUUACAAAGUUCAUUCACUUAAUUACUGAUCCUUACAUGAUAUUACCUACAAAUCCACGCAUUUUUCUCGCUCAUGACGUUUUAUUAAAUAUUCGUAUUCGAGGAUCAGUUGUUUACAACUAUGCAUCGAAGUUAAGAAAGUUCGUUAAUGUUAUGCGCUCAGACGAAUACUUCUGUAUCGGACACGCUCAUACACAGUUGAUUACGGAUCAGAACAAAACAUUUAGCAUAGGUCAGUUCGCUCCUAAAUACGGCAGAUACGAGUACGCUACGAUUCAAACAAAGAAUUUUCAGCCAUUUAUUACUCUGAAAAGACUCGAACCGAAGAAUGACGAACUUUAA